CCUCCCACGUCCUAUAUGCGAGAGAGGGCGAAAGGGAGAGAGAGAGAGUCUGCUGUGGUGGUGUUGGAAAUCGGACGACAUGAGCUCUACGUGAAGCGUGUAAAAUGCUUUAAGACGCUUUCGGCGUUUGUCUUUCAUCCGUCUGAACCAAGGACGAGCCUGAAGCGGAGCUAUACUUCACGACCAGGUGUAACACUGUCUUAAGCCUGAGGGGGGCAGAAUGCCGGAGCAGAGCAACGACUAUCGUGUGGUGGUGUUCGGGGCGGGUGGAGUGGGAAAGAGCUCCUUGGUCCUGCGCUUCGUGAAGGGCACUUUCAGGGACACCUACAUCCCGACAGUGGAGGACACCUACCGCCAGGUGAUCAGCUGUGAUAAGAGCGUGUGCACCCUCCAGAUCACCGACACUACAGGGAGCCACCAGUUCCCAGCCAUGCAGCGCUUGUCCAUCUCUAAAGGCCACGCCUUCAUCCUGGUCUACUCCAUCACGAGCAAACAGUCCCUGGAGGAGCUCAAACCCAUUUACCAACAGGUCUUGGCCAUAAAGGGCAAUGUUGAGGCCAUCCCCAUCAUGCUUGUGGGCAACAAGAGCGAUGAGACCCAGCGAGAGGUGGAGACCAAGGAUGGGGAAGCCCAGGCUAACCAGUGGAAGUGCGCCUUCAUGGAGACGUCGGCCAAGACCAACCAUAACGUAACCGAGCUCUUCCAGGAGCUCCUCAACCUGGACAAGAAGAGGAACAUGAGCCUCAACAUCGACGGCAAGCGCUCGGGGAAGCAGUCCCGUGCCGAGAGACUGAAGGGCAAAUGCAGCGUAAUGUAAAUCCAGGCGAGUAGGAGACUGGAGGUGGAGGCGAGAGAGGAGGGAGGAAAUACAGAGAAAAAGAGAAAAAUAAGAAAGGAGAGAGAAGAGAGACUCACUACAUGUAUCACUCAGAGAAAAACGUCUGGAAGGCAACAGGAAUCUCAUCAUCCACAUCCUCCUGACUGGUGCAUUCGCAAACACAAAUCAGCAGUUAUUUUGAAAUCAUACAGGAUUUCAGUUUGAAGCAUUACAUCCAUGUGCAUUCUGCUAAAAGGAGGGAUGAGGGGGAGUUGCGCAGAAUAUUGAGAAGCAAAUUUGAAACAAGAAGUGCGUGUCACAGAUGAUUUACCUGUGGACGUCCGCCAUAGUCGGACAGUGUGGGUGUGGGCUUUUGCAUCAUCCAAGUGCCACAAAGCAUGGCCGAGGAGCUCAUCAAGACCUUGGACUGCAAUAGAAAGACCACAGGCACCAGCACCCCUUGAAAAAAGACUGAAGGUUUCUGAUCUACACAAAACAUUUAGUGUCCUCUCUCACUUCUACACCCGCCCCUCCUGCCCUGCUCAGCUCACACCUUAAGUCCCCCUCGUCCUCCCAGCACCCUCAUCCUACGCAUACCCCCCAUACUAUAACAAAUAUAGAGAAAUGUAAUGUAUAUGUAACAGAGUCGACACAGUUAGUUAAGCUCACUCAUCUGGUAGAAACACUAUCUUAAGAGACUGAGGUGACCGUCGUGCUAGAAAGCACAGGUUUGAGACUGCUAGCAUGAACAACACGCAUCACAGCAGCAAAACAUACGACCCAGCUACAUCCCAGAGCCACUCCUGGGGACUCUGAUGUAUAUAAACAUGGGAUACUUAAAUAUAUUCCAAUUAUUUUACACAUGUCCUGCCCAAACAAGUAAAUCAGUCACAGGAGUAUGGUUUAGUUAGCUUAAAAUUGUGGCUAGAGGACAAAUCUUCUCAUCAUAACCAUCCCUCCUGAAAAAUGAAAAAGACCAUACUUUACCUUUAUCAACCUCUCGUUAUGUUGAAAACUCAUCUGCAAACUCUCUAAAUGUCCUCAUCUGAAGUGGAGAAACAUCCAGCGGCAGGGUACACACACGCUACUGAUACGACGCAACAAUCCUUUUAAGACUCUCAUCUAGUGUAGAAUCACUCUGGAUGAAAAGAAGAUGGACUCUCAUCAAAAUAUGAAACAGAAAUACAAGUCUGCCUUGAGGAUGAUACUCUUGGAUAAUCAUUUGCCAAGCUGGUAAGACAAAAGCGAACGGGAAUGAUAUUUGGUUUUGAGGUUGUGAAUGUCAGUUUGCUUUGGCACUUUUCAUGUGAAAGUUCCCUUCCUUUUCCUUUUUCCCUUGUUUAUUUACUUUAUGAUGCUCUUUAAAUUCAUGUAAAAGUUCUUUAAAAAAAAACCCACCUUAAACAAAAAGCACAGAGGGAAAGAUAAAUAAAUAAGGGAUGGAUGUAAAAUGCUCCAUGCAGAUCAUUCAAUGCGUUUCCUCUUUGAUUGGUUUGGUCACAUUACCUGUCAUACGCUCAUGCAGGCACCGGUAAAUGGAAACAGAAUGGGUCUCACGCACGUACACACAACAUCACACAGACAGCACGCGCACAAAUGCCUUCAUGCAAUUGUCUAAAAAAGUUAAUCUGAGUAACAAAAUUGACUAAAAAAUUACAGGGCUCACUCAGCCUAAAUGCCCUCACAUUGCACUUUAUACCAUAAACACACACACACACCCACACACACACAACUGUAAUUUGUCAUAUUCUUUUGCCUAUAUUAUGCAUUCUCUGCUUAACACAGAAUAUCCUCCUGGAGCCAUUAAAUAGCUCCACUGUAUGUCCAAAGUGCAUGUAUACACCCUUUUUUUCAUGCAGGAGCUCUGAAAACUGUACACAGUGUACACAGGACAGCCAAAAGCACAAUACUUUUUUACCGACAUAUCGUUUUGUACAUUUGUUUGUAUUUCUUUUUUGUAUAUUGUUUCUUUCUUUUUUGUCUUCUUUGUGCGAUUUUCAUCUUUCAAUAUUUAUUCACCAGUCCUGAACAUAGAGGAACAAUCACAUCAUGAUCAUAGGUAGCUCUCCGUCUCGAUGUUAAGGUGUUUUAAUUGUCCCGUUACAUGGCACAAUGAGGUUGUGGUUCUGCUGAACAACAGGGUACCGUGAUGUGACCGGUUAGCUGUGGUCAUGAAGCGUGUAAAAGUGGCGUCACCCCACAGGAUUGUAGCUCGUAGGACGCAGAGGAGGGUCAGAUUAUUUUGUCCACAUUUCUCCAUCUCUCAGGCGGUUUUUAACAACAAUCUGGGUGGAGUAUAAUCUACGCCUGUACUAUUAUACCCGAAGACACAGAUAAUGCCCCUUUUAACUAUGUGUAAAUCUCUCUGGAAAAAAAGAAAAAGCACAGCAACUGUUUUCCUCUGUCCCCUUCUCUGUCUUUAUGUGUGCAGCAGAAUCAACAACUGGGCACUUUAGGGUGACAUUUUACUUGAAGACUUGCUUAUUAAUCAGCAAUGCCUCAUUUAUAAGCACCAUGUAAAAUGUCCCUCCCGCAUCAUUCACGCCCCCACAUAAAAACUACUUAAAAUGUGUAGUUUUUGUAAAUAAGCAUUAUGGUAGUUGAAUUAAAUAUUUAUAAGAGCUUCAAGUAAGAUGUUACCCAUGUAAAGAAAAACUGUACCCGCUGUCUUUCUGGGAAUAAGUCCUUUAUAAUCAGGAAAUGUUACAGUAGGAAGUUUGAUGUUGCUAUGUACUGUAAUAUACAGCUUAAUAAUGAUGCUCAUGAUAUAUUGUAUUUGACACAUCAGAUCUAUCAAUCAGAUAAUACUAGCAAAAUGUGAAUAUGUAACUAAAGGUUCCACUCCAUGGCUGUUACUUUUUUUAUUUUGAGAGCUGAAUGAAUCUGUUGUUAUCGAUGUGUUGUACUUUGCACUAACGUGAGGUCCUGUUAAACUCAAAAAUCUGCAUUGUAAACGUACCCUUUACCUGUUAGAUGCCAGGAAUGCUCACUCGUACAUUUUCUUUUUUUCUCUCCAUACAGUUGUAUUUGCAUUUGUUUCAGCCUGUAAAGAUACCAGAAGGAUGGAGUGAUUUCUGUCAUGUACCUACCUGAUGUGUCCAUCUAAAGGUUACAAAGUAAAAACAUUUUAGUAAAAACAACCCACAAAAGCUGGAAAAUAUCUGUACAACUAUCAGACAAUUCGGGUCUGAUCUGAUGUGUAGCUACCGGCAGCGGUGAUGCACACGCUGCAUAAAUACGAUCUUGACGCGUGUGCUUGCUUCACGCAAACGCUAGAUUGCGAGUGCAUGUUUGUGCAAUCUGUUGUUCUUCUAUGGUCUACAGGAGACUGCCGUUGCUCAUGUUCCUGCGUGGAAUAUGAUACAGCAGGGAGGGAAAAAAACGAGACACCGUGCAAGAGCAGUAUGGACAACAAGCUGGGGCGAGAGAGGGAGCUUUGCUGUUCAUAGAAAUAGUGUAAAAAUGUGGGCCAUGGCCUGUAUAGGAUUCAAAUGUGCUUGCAUGUGGGGGGGUGUGCAUGGGAAGUGUGCAAGCGUCCAUCGUGUUUUGGGCUGUGUGAAUUAAACGCUGGCAUGAAUCAGGACAGACACCUCUGCUCCCGUCCUCCCAUGGCUUGUCUCAUCUCAUUUGUCAAUGAAACAUAUUCACUGUCUGUGUCUGUAUGCGACCAUGAGUGCAUCCAUGUACAUGCGCAAUCAGCCACCUAUUUGCAUCCUUUCACUCGUGUUUGCACGAGUGUGUAUGUGUGCAUGUUUGUGUGCUGUUGUUGUACCAAAUGUCUGUCAGAUAUUUGAAGCUUUCCUGUGGAGAAUGCCUACACAUUUCUGCAUGAGUCAUCCCGCACUGCUCAAACACACCACUAUAACCACACACACACACACACACACACACACACACAAAAGCACAUAAAACAGGCAUGGAGGCAAAAUAGAUCAGUUGCACACACUUAUACACACAUGUUACAUUCACACAGGCCUUGUCAGUGAAACCUAAUUUGCUCACUGGCUGUUUUUCUGCUCUGAGCUUAGCACUACUUCUCCAUAUAUCAGCUGUCCGCCCCCUGAAAACCUAAGUUUGUUUCACAUUCAUCCCUCGGAUUUAUUUUAUUUUAUUUUUAUUUGUGUGUGUGUGUGUGUGUGUGUGUGUGUGUGUGUGUGUGUGUGUGUGUGUGUGUGUGUGUGUGUGUGUGAUGUAUGUGUGAUUAUUGUGAGUCGGUUGCACUUGAACAGACUCUGCUCACAUCUGAUUGUAGAUAGUUGUAAAUAGUGUUCAAAGGACUUAAUAUUUCAGAGAUGAGAGAGGAGGGUGUGCAGAGGGAAGGAUGCUGUGUUGGGAAGGUGCUGUCGCCUGCGUUUCCUUCUUCUACUCAAAGCAUCCAAAGUGUGCUUCAAUUGCAAUGCAAGAAAAACAGUUAAUUGACUUUAAAUGAGGAAAACUAUGGAGGCCCAGAGUGUUCAAUAUUAGAUUAAUUAAGUAAAAUGUUGUAAAAUUAAUAAUCAUAUAUCUAAAUAAAUAUAUAAUUUAUAAUAUAACAAUGAAAUUGAAAUAAUCCAAUAAAUGUUUGAAAUCCAGCUAUUAUUAGUAGUAAGUGGGUAAUUUCUUUUUAUUUAAUUCAGCAUUUUCUAUUUCCAAAUGUCAAUUUUACAAAGUGUGUUUUUUAAUUUGUUAUUUUCAUCCCUGGGCAUUUAUUUUAACACCACUUUUCAUCAGUCUUUGUCCGUCAAGCAUUACAAACAGGCUAAAACCAGUCAUAUGAUUGGCUGUUUGUCUAAUCAAACCAAACCAGCAGUCACAUAACAGAAUCUUCGUUGUUUGUUGUGAUGGAAAGUGACAUUAUAAAAUAAACAGCCAGUGGUAAAAUGGCAUUGUGAAAUUAAAAACUUUGGAAAAAGGACAUUUUGAAAUAAAUAUUGCCUGAAUGAAAUAACAAAAUUCAACUAUGCUUUUUAAAAAAGGAUAAAAUUAUAUGUAAUAAUAUUGGGCUGAGUUUUAAAAUAUUUAGGAUUAUCAUCAUCAUCAUCAGUGUCAUGGAAAAAUUUCAUAUUCUGUCUUUAGGUUAUUUGUGUUAUUUAUUUCACAAUGCCAUAUUUAUUUAAUAUUGAACACUUGGGUUUCCAUAAAACUCUACAUAGGAAGCACUUGUCCCAAAUUUCAAUUAGGACUAGGUGAAGUUUAUCUCACCUUGUUUGUCAUCAGUGAGGAACUUACUGGUCAUGUUGCUGACGAGUCUCGUACAGCAGAGGAAGCGUGGUUCUCAUGUGUUCUUCCAUAGCAAGAUGGGAAGUAUGACCCUGUGACGCUGAAACGAAGGGCAGUCAGUAAAAUUUAAAUAAAAGGUGUUAGUUUUCUAGUCUAUCAAAGGUAUGUUCUAUAAACUCAUUAUAUCAACGAGGACAGGUUUCAGUCGAGUCGAGCUGAGAGGCAGAGGAUCUAAAGGAAAUCAGUGUUGGAGGCAGAAAACUGAUCUUGUUAACCUCUCCGGCUCACCCCUUUACAUUUCAUCUAAUUACCUCAGAUCCUCACAAGCUGUUUUUUGGCGGACAGGGGGCAUAAAAUGGGGCAUAUAGACUGUGGGUAAUGUAGUUUGGUACUAUCCUUUUGCUCUGGCCCUUCAUCCCUGCAUGGUCCCUAUUAGUGUUCCAGCCAGCAUGAGAACAAGGACACAAACUGUGAAUCAUCUUUGUAUUUUUUAAAUAAAUUCCUCAGCAGCA